AAUGCUUCCUUUUAGCAGAUUUGACAGUUUGGUGAAAGUGCGGGCAUUUUCAGAGAAGUAAAAACGCAUCUAUCCAAACGAAACAGAAGCGUGAGCAUAAAUUUUGUGAACAUACUUUGACAAUCCUGCUACAGAAAACUAAAACGUAGCUGGCGAAUCUAAAGUUAUAUCCCAAUAAAACCCAAUCCCAAACUAGUAACACCAUACAACAGUUAAACAAAAACAAUAAUAUAAAACACUGCGCUUAUGGUGGAGUCAUUAUGUCCCAGAGACCGUAAAAGUGUGUAACAGAAACAUUAUGAGCAACACAAUUGCAAAGCAGACUCGCUCGGCGUUUUUAUUAGAAUAGACAGGCUGUUAUUCUGCAGCGAACAAAAUAUGGAAAUAUGAUGUUAGAGUUGUCCUUGUAGCCGGGAGAGCUCCACCUCUGGCUAAGUGCGCACGGAGUGGGCGGUUUCGGAACACACGUACACACACAGACACACAGACACACACACACACACACAGAGUACACGCGCACAUAUUAUGGACUGCAACCUGCUGAUUCCUGUUAGACUCUCACACACAGCCUGUAGGAGUAGGUGACCGACACCGAGAACAUUUCAACUAUUAAAGGGCGGUUUCUGUCAGUGCGCCACGUUUGGGAAUCUUGUAUAUUUGAGAUCAAAUUAGUAAAAUGGCUUCUUUCAAAGGACUUGUCGUUGUUUUAUUGGCGAAGUUCGUAUCAAACUGUGUCUUUUGACCGACCUACCGGAGCGCUCAGAAUAAAGUUUCUCAUGGUGCACUUUAUCCUGAAGCAGCACAGCGCGCCACGAGAAUCAGAAAUGAAAGCAGGACCGACGCUAUUUUGCGCAUUUCUCUUUAGGAAGUAUUUCAAAUGGCUUGACACACGAGUCUUUUCUCGCUUUUGAUCUGCGGCUGCGACAGAUAACCGCGCGCACGGACGGACUUUGGUUCCCAUUGCGCUUGUUUUACAUUUGGAUACGCGACUGAAGCUCCAAGACAGACACACUUGGGACUCCGGAGAGCACAGCGGGACAACACCAUGACCAGCUGCUGGCUUGCCUUGGUCGGAUUGUGGUGGAGCGCUUAUUAUUGCAUGUUCCUGGUCGCGGGGAGUAAUUAUUCACUGGAUGGAAACAACGAAGUGCACCCGGGUUUCAUCCACCGGCGGCUGCGGACGCACGAGAAGAGGGAGAUGCAGAAGGAGAUCCUGUCCAUCCUCGGGCUGCCGCACAGACCGAGACCGCAUCUAUCGCACGGAAAGUACAACUCUGCUCCACUUUUCAUGUUGGACUUGUACAACACCAUAUCUAGCGAGGAGAAAAGCCAAGUGGAAGGCAUGCUGGACCGGUAUCAGUCCAUGCGGACGACCCAGAGUCCUCCUCUGGCCACAUAUCAAGAAACUGCCUUUCUAAAUGAUGCAGAUAUGGUGAUGAGCUUCGUUAAUCUAGUGGAGUACGACAGGGAGCUCUCUCCGCAGCGGCGUCACCACAAGGAGUUUAAGUUCAACCUCUCACAGAUCCCAGAGGGCGAGGCUGUCACCGCAGCAGAGUUUCGCCUUUACAAGGAGUGUGUGAGCCGCGCCUUCCGCAAUGACACCUUCCUACUCAAAGUCUACCAGGUGGUCAAGGAGCACCCUGACAGAGAAGCAGACUUGUUCCUGCUGGAGUCUCGCAGGCUGUGGGCAGCUGAGGAGGGCUGGCUGGAAUUUGACAUCACUGCCACCAGCAACCUGUGGGUGAUGAGCCCAGUGCACAAUCUGGGUCUGCAGGUCAGCGUUGAGACCAGCAGUGGGCAGAGCAUCAGCUCUAAGGAGGCGGGGCUCGUAGGGCGUGACGGUGCGUUAGAGAAGCAGCCUUUCAUGGUGGCGUUCUUCAAAGUAAGUGACGUGCAUAUCCGCACCGCACGUUCUACUGGCGGAAAACGUCGCCAGCAGAACCGCAACCGAUCCACGCAACCACAGGAGGGAUCCAGAGGGCUAGGCCCAGCAGAUUACAACAGCAGCGAUCAGAAGACCGCAUGCAGAAGACAUGAGCUCUACGUCAGCUUUAGAGAGCUGGGCUGGCAGGACUGGAUUAUAGCUCCCGAAGGCUACGCAGCCAACUACUGUGAUGGAGAGUGCUCCUUCCCCCUUAAUGCCCACAUGAACGCCACCAAUCACGCCAUUGUACAGACCCUGGUACACCUGAUGAACCCAGAGAACGUACCAAAGCCAUGCUGUGCCCCCACCAAGCUCCACGCCAUCUCAGUGCUCUAUUUCGAUGACAACUCCAAUGUCAUACUGAAGAAAUACAAGAACAUGGUGGUACGGGCCUGCGGCUGCCACUGACACUGACAUCGAGGGUUAACGACGCGUGACUGAAAAGGUUGGGUUGGCAAAGGGCUGAAACUGCACCAGUGACUCCUAGGUGAUGUUGACCUCAACUAGACACCAGUUUCCUGCCCAAAUCCUUCACCCGCAAGGAAUAUAAAACCUGAAAGAUCAUUUAUAUCUUCUACUCCAACAAUCUUGGACAGCUCAAAACGUCAAUUUAAUCAAUAAAACGAACAUUUGUCUUCAAGAAGGGACCAAUACUGGUGUCACCUUUUGGCGACUUCACGCUGCUCCAGUGUUGAGCCACCAAGUUGUCAGUCACCUUCUCUACUAGCUGUGCAGUCUUCACUUCAUGGGUCUGCAACUGAGUGAAUGACUGUGUGUGAGUGUGUUGGAGGACAGAGUGUUUAAGUUUGUAUAUUAUGUGUUUAUGGAAGUGUGAGUGCAUGAGCGCCUAAAGAGGCUACUGCACCUUCUCCCUCAUUUAAGAGGGCGAGGGCAAAACUGAACUGUUGUGGGACCAGUCCGAGUGCUGCUUUCUUUCCCUUCUCCGCUCUGGCAGAAAAACAUGGUGGAUCAGUUCUCAGAGGGGGCUCGGACCCCGGGGAGUUGACUCAGUGUUAUCACAACGCUAAAAAACCAACAGUAGUCGGUGACAUCACCCGCUUAAAUGGCAGAAAAUGUGUAUAAAUGGUUUGAGUGAGAUGGGAAAAAACGAACCCCUUUCAGUGCAAAUGUUAACUCAAACAAUCUAACACUAAGUGAAUACAUUGGAGUCCGUAGAUUCAUAUUUCCUUCCUCUUUCAUAAUGUAUUUUCUUCUCAAGCCAUAUUUGCCCUCCUAAAAUAUAAUAUGGACUGAACCAAAGUGACCGCAGGCUAUUUUAGUUGCGCGCUGCUCCAAAUAUCCCCUCCGUGUCAAUAUUUGCCGGGCUCACGCUGAGCUGCGAUUCACCGGGCUGGUUCAACAUGAUGCAUGUUGUGGCUAAACUGAUGUUUUUCUCCAAAGAACCGAAGAAUACAGCCUUAUCCCUCCGACAUACCGCAAAUGGCCAUUUCCAUGUUGCUGCACUCGCAGAGUUAACAAACGCUUCCACCCCUGACAACCCAUCAAGACAUUGUGGAAAAACAUUUAGCGAGUCAAAAACAGCCGGCUUAGCUGCGUCUGUGCCAGCCUUCUGAAAUUAGCUCUUUGCUUUUUCAACCCUGAGGGUAAAAUUAUGUUGAGAUUUGUGUCCAGUGGCAACGUCUGUCCAAUUGAGCAUGUUACUGUGAGCUUUGAAUGACAUGGAGUUUUUUUUUUUUUAAGAGAGCAUAUUUUAUUGACAAACUAAUACCAAGAAGAAUCAAAAUACCUUACGUGCCUAACCAAUCAUAAAUUACAAAAUAUACCUCUGGUAAGCUGCUGUUUACAUUUGUGAUCAUGUUUAGACUGUUUUUUUUUGUAAAUACUUGUACAUUCUCAUCUUAUUUAUUGCACCUUUUAUUAAAAAGAAAAAUCACAUACCUUAUUAACAGAGACAGAUGCAAAAACGAAAUGAAUACAAACUUAUUUUUGAAAUUUUUUUUUUAUUAUAAAAUCUCAUGUUACAACUUGCCAUUAUUCACUCUUUUUGUACAAAAUCCAUGGGUAGUGCACAACCCAUGACUCACAAGGACAAAAUACUUCUGUCACUGGAGUUUCUUAGACCAUGUGCUAUCCAUAAAAACUUUUACUGAGAAAAACAAACACUGCCGUGUGACUGUUUGUGUGUACCUGCGUCAGAUGAUAAAUGGUGGGCAACAUCAUGCAGCACAAACUUUUUACAUAAUCUCAGUUAAUCAGAGUCAAAACGCAUUUGCAGUGUCAUGGGCGCUAAUAUUACUAUUAUUCUCUAUCAAAACCAGGUCAUUGAAAGAUUACACUUUUGCCUUUGAAUGGUGAAACAAAGGUUAACUUUCAUGCAAAUUGUGAGUUGAUUGAUGGUUAUGAUACUGCAGAACCAUAAUGCAUUCCUGUCAGAAACAAAAAUAUUUCCCAAUUGUCUUAAACCAGAUGCUCAUAAAAUCUUGUUUUCUGAAUUAAUUAGAUUAUCUUGUCUGUUUUUUUCCAUUUCAAAAAAAUAAAUUGUCUAAUUAAUUCAGACAUUUUCUUCCCAUGAAAACUUGAAGACUCAGAUUAUUAUCUUCUGAUGUCUGAUAAACAGAGUUAAUGCAUUAUGCUUUGAGAGGAAAAAGUCUCACCAAUAGUUAUAGUUAUAGUGGGAAACCAGCAAGCGACCAACAAGUUAUGGUUUAUUUUAGUUGCAACUAUUAAAUGAUGCCUCGUUUUCAGAUCAUUUUACUGGAUAGUGGGACUUAAAAAAACAGCAGCUCCAAUGAAACAUCACAAGGAGCUUUGAUUGACAGUCCGGUGCUCCAACCAAAGUCGAGCUCAGUUUCUUGUGCAGAAGAUCCUGAACUUAAACUGCAGGCUUUACUCUCAUAACGAAGUGAACCAACAGGCUUCUACUUCACUUACUGAUUACAAAUUUAUAUGUGAAAUGUACCAGAAAAACCUUGACAUCACAGGAGUCAGCCAAUAAGAAAGAUGCAUCAUUAUGAGGAGAAAGUCUGUGAAAUGUGAUCAAACCUAACAACGAUGUCUUCGUCACAACUCCUGCUAGUUGGUAUGACUGCGUGACUUGAGUUGAAUUAUUUUAUUUUUUUCAUUAAUUUUUUUUUUAUUAAACUCUCUAAUACGGCCUUCUUUUUCCCCCCCCAUUUUUAGUCAAAUACGAACUUUUUUUGUAGAUUUUAUGACAUGGCAUUUUCGUUGUGCUUUAUUUUAUUACUGA